CAGGUGCUGCUGAUGGGCGACAUAUACCGGGCCGCGCAGUCCGUGGCCGUCUGGUUGGGCUCGUCGACCCCCAACAGCCAGGCCGCCUUUCGGCUGCUGCGCCAGAUCCACGCCGCUGCCCAGGCCACGGCCGCUGCUGACCGAGACCGGCUCCUUACCAAAGCCGAGCUGGCCCGGCGCGGACUUCCCGACGACUCGGGUCCGGACUGGAAGGCCGUGGGACUGCUCUUCUGGCGGCCGUGGUUCACGCGCGUGUGGAUCAUCCAAGAGGUGGCCCUGGCGCGGUCGUCCGCCGUCUACUGCGGCGGCGAUAGCAUGCCGUGGCACGAAUUUGUCGGCGCGGCCGACUUCAUCCGCCUGCAGUACCACGCCCUGUGGGUCGACCUGGACCUCAUGCCCGCCGUGCAGCUGCAGCAGGCCGCAAAGUUGGCCCAUUCCGGCCAGCCGCGCGACCUGCUGUGGCUGUUGUCCACCUUCCGCGACAGGUUCGCCACCAACCCGGCCGACAAGAUCUAUGGCCUCUUAGGACUGGCACCGGCAGACCACGGCGUCGUGCCAAACUACUCGGCCCCCGUCCAGCAGACAUACUGCGAGGUCGCGAGGAUGCUGCUGCAGGGCCAGGGGUCGCUGGACGUCCUCAGCCUGGUCGGCGACUCGUCCUGGCGCCGCACGCCCAACCUGCCGUCGUGGGUCCCGGACUGGGCGACCGAUCUGGCGGCGGACCCGUACCUGUUCCGCAGCAUCGCACACGUUUUCCACGCGUGCGGCACUGCUACUAUGUCGCGCGCCGUUGUGCGGUUCUCGCCAGACGGAAACACGCUCACGGUCCGCGGAGCCCUCCUAGACCGCGUAGCUGCCGUCGGAGACCGCCACCUCAUGAGCCGGCGCCUCUCGUACGACCGCUUCGAGGAGUCGUCCAUCCUCAGACACCUGUGCGGCAAGGACACGCGGCGGCAGUUUGCGGCGUGGGAACGCAUGGUGCGCUCGCUCGGGACGUAUCCCACGGGAGAAGAGAUUGAAGACGUGCUGCAGCGCGCCCUUGUCGCUGGGACCGAUUCAGCCGCAGACCCUUCUCGAGUGGGACCCCAGACGACAGCACCAGUGCCACCGCGUUUGUACGUCGCCUUCAGGGAACGGCACCUGGCACUUCUGGAAGAGUCCAAGAGGGACAAGGCCGGCCACGCGUCCACCCAGGCCAGCGCAGACCUGGCCGCCCGGUAUAACCUAAGUAUCAAGCCGGCUGCCAACGGGCGGCGGCUGUUCACGACCAAGCGAGGCUACGUCGGGUUCGGCCCCAUGUCGACCAAGUCCGGCGACAGUGUGGUACUGUUCCGUGGUGGGCGGACGGCGUAUAUCCUGAGGGAGUAUCGGAAGAAGAGGAAGGAGCAGGUAAUUUCGUAUGCGCUGGUGGGCGAGGCGUUUGUCCACGGCAUGAUGAAUGGAGAGGGAUUUGCCGACGAGUCUACUGCUUUAAGUAAUUUUGAUCUCGUGUGACUGUGUGGUAGUUUGGUUAGUCAAGCUCAGGUCACUGGUACCGAUCUUACCUCGGCACGGUCCAGGUCGUGGCUUCAAACUUGUCGAGGUCAAUGAGGUUCCCGGGGAGGCUCGCGCCUCGACUUAAUCAAUUAGCACGUAGCUAGAGAAGUUAUGAAGCAGAAAAAACGAGUGGUUCUAAUCUUGGUGACGACCAAAACUUUGCC